AUGAGUCAGGACGCUGCGGAGCAGAACAUCCAGAUGUGGAAUGUCAAGAAGCUCAUCCAGAGCCUUGAUUCUGCCAGAGGAGCUUUUUUUACACGUUUACAUCCGUUACAAGCACAUCAACGAGAGGCUGUCACCAUUUGUCGACGGCGCUUUUCCUUCGCAUCGGGACUUCGCAAAACACCCACGGCUACAAUCCAUUGGCUGCCUUCCACACAGCUCCGGGACGUCAUUCGUCAUAUAUUUCAUGCUUUGUUUCUCGUCUCAGCCCUACGCAAUCACACACAGCGCCAUCUCUCGCACCCUCCCUUCAAGGAUCUCUAUCUUUCUUCCUUCACGAUAAAUAUGCGUCGGUCGUUCGAGGAAUUACAAUGGCGCUACAACAAGCGCGAGAUGCGGAGGAUUUCGGAUACAGAUGGGGAAGGAUAUCUUUACGCCUUUGUCCAUCUCAAUGUGUGGAAGGUGGGCAUGUCGAAGGACUUCAUUCGUCGGCGAGAAGAAUGGGAUAGAGAUUGUCCUGACUCAUGGAGGAUAUGGCUUCCGCCAAUCCGGGUCGCUAACAGGCGAAGGGCGGAGUCGUUAGCGCAUCUUUUGCUCGAGAUGGCGUGCAUUGAUCGCCCGCGUCAACGAAAACACAUCGAACAAUUCGUUUUCUCCGAAAAUUUGCCCAUCGUUUGGAGUACGAUCGUUGAACCUAUUCUAUUAUGGGCUGCUGUCGCAUGA